AUGGAAAACGUCUCAGUGGUGACAGAGUUCCUUCUCUUGGGCUUUUCUGGCUCACAGAGGCUCCAGUUAUUGCAGUCUGGGGUUUUUAUUGUAAUUUACCUCACAGCUCUAAUGGGGAAUGGCCUAAUUAUUGCUAUCACGGUCCUGGACCCCUGCCUCCACACACCCAUGUACUUUUUCUUGAGAAAUCUGUCUUUGUUUGACCUUUGUCUCAUUUCAGCUGUUGUGCCCAAAACUGUGGUCAACUCUCUGAUCCAUAGCUAUUCAAUCUCCUUCUUUGGCUGUGUAGCCCAGGUCUUUCUAGUGCCUUUUUCAGCAGUGGCAGACCUGUUCCUUCUCACCGCCAUGUCCAUCGACCGCUAUGUGGCCAUCUGCCACCCUUUGCACUAUUAUGUCAUUAUGAACAGGGACAUCUGUGUGCAGAUGGCAGCUCUGUCCUGGUUCACUGGUGGCUUGAUAUCUGCUAUACACACAACAGAAGUCUUUUCCUUAUCUUACUGUGAUCUCAACAAGAUCCAACAGUUCUUUUGUGAUAUUCCCCAGAUGUUAACUAUUACUUGCUCAGAGAAUAUAACUGUAGAGAUUGCACUCAUUCUUGUUAAUGCAGUUCUGGAUUUCUGUUGCUUCAUCUGCAUCAUAAUAUCCUACAUCUAUAUCUUCUCCACUAUUAGGACGAUUCCAUCCACAGAAGGGCAAUCAAAAGCCUAUUCCACUUGUCUUCCACAUCUGAUAGUGGUUGUACUUUUUCUCUCAACUGCUUUCAUUGCUUACUUGAAACCUAUCUUAGGGUCUCCAUCUGUCACAGAUCUUGUUUUAUCUUCUUUUUAUGUUUUUUUGCCCCCUUCCCUAAAUCCCAUAAUAUACAGUUUAAGAAACAAGGUUAUGAAGGCAGGUUUGAAAAAAUUGUUCAUUAGAAAGUUUUGA